AUGAGCGCAAAGAACAAAACUUGGGACGCACGUUACGCCAACCCCGACAUCCCUCACAACAACAGCUACUAUCUGAAAUGCAUAGGUGGGGGCGUCCUCUCCUGUGGCCUAACGCACACCGCCGUAUGUCCCCUCGAUGUUGUGAAAUGUAAUAUGCAAGUGAACCCGGAGAAGUUCAGGGGUAUUGGAAGCGGCUUUAAGGUGCUGGCCGCGGAGGAUGGUUUCGGUGCUAAAGGUAUUUGGAAGGGUUGGUUGCCUACCCUCAUUGGUUACUCAAUGCAAGGUGCUUGCAAAUUUGGUCUCUAUGAAGUGUUCAAAGAUUUCUACGCCAACCUCGCCGGUCAGAAGGCUGCCAAGGAGUAUGAAGGACUUAUUUGGUUGGCAGGUUCUGCAAGUGCCGAAUUCUUUGCUGACGUGGCGCUAUGCCCGAUGGAAAUGGUGAAAGUGAAGGUGCAAACUUCCCCAAGUGGAACCUUCCCGACAUCCCUUGGAGCUGCAGUUGCCACCAUGCGGGCGGACCCAGCUGCUGGAUUCCCUUUCAAGUCUCUUGUGCCCCUGUGGUCCCGUCAGAUUCCCUACACAAUGGCGAAGUUUUUCUUUUUUGAGAAGGUGGUGCGGUUUUUUUACAGCAACGUCUUCACAAAACCCAAGGAGGAGUACAGCAAGGGUACGCAGCUCAGCAUAACUUUUGCUUCUGGCUACAUUGCGGGUAUUGUUUGUGCCAUUGUCUCACAUCCAGCCGAUAUGCUCGUGUCUGCCCGCGGUAAAGCCUCUAAUGUGGGAAAGUCGUACGGCCAAAUCGCCAAUGAAAUUGGUUAUGGAAACCUCUGCACGAAAGGGCUGAUGGCACGUAUUAUAAUGAUCGGCACGCUGACAGGUUUGCAGUGGUGGAUUUACGACACAUACAAAAGUACACUUGGUCUUGGCACAAGUGGUGGUUCCGGAAAGAAGUAA